AUGGUAAAUGUCAUUAACGCCAUCUCCGCUGGAUCAAAUGAGCCUGUACACGAGGCAAAGAGGCAGAGGAAAGAAUACCUCCGCACAGUCUCACAUGUGUGGGAAGGAAAACACUUCCGCACCCCUUGGUCCCAUGUUCCAAUCACUUUCUCCAAAGCUGACCUCCGGCUUCAGCACUAUCCACACAACGACCCCCUCGUCAUUCGUGCUAAUAUUGGCAAAAACUCCAUGCACUUUGCAGGAAACGACCUAGGUCGCAUCCUCGUUGACAAUGGCAGCUUCACAGACAUCAUAACCUGGCAGUGCUUCAUCAAGAUGGGGUUGAUGAAGCAAAGCCUGCACAAGUUCGAGUACACCCUCAUUAGCUUCGGUGGAAACAAAAUCGAGACCCUCGGCAAAAUCGAACUAAAAGUGACCUUCGGCGAAGGGAACACCCAAAGGACAAAGCUCAUAACCUUCGUCGUGGUUGACAUCAACUACCUGGCCGCCUUGGGUCAAGUCGUGCCACCCAGGAGCCCGGAGAGCCCCUGCGCCGACCUCGUCACCGAGUUCCGCCUAGUGCCGCCACCGGUCCUCGCCGUCGUCACGUCUGCGCUGCGAUCUCGACCGCCCCGCGCCCUAGGUGUCAUUUGCGAAGUACAAUACCCCGAUUGGCUGGCUAAUGUGGUCAUGGUUUCGAAGAAAAAUGGCAGUUGGAGGAUGCGCAUCAACUUCACGACCCUCAACAAGUUCUGCCCGAAGGAUGAAUACCUCCUACCUCGCAUUGACACUCUGGUGGAUGCAGCAGUAGGUUCGGAGAUGUUGAGCAUGCUGGAUUGCUUUUUGGGUUACUACCAGAUCUUUAUGAAAAAAACUGAUGAAGAGAAGACCAGUUUCACAACACCCUUCGGCCCAUAUUGUUACAUCAGAAUGCCUGAGGGGCUUCGCACCGCGGGAUGCACUUUUAACAUAACCAUCGGGGUAGUUCUUGGGACUCAGCUAGACAGAAACAUUUCAGCAUACGUCGAUGACGUUGUCGUGUGGAUUAAAAAGCGUGAAGAUCACAUCUCGGACCUCCGCGAGACCUUCGCCAACCUGCGGAAACAUGGACUCAAACUGAACCCGGAGAAAUGUGUCUUCAGCGUAAGGCGAGGGAAGGUGCUGGGAUUCAUGAUCACAGAAAGGAGCAUCAAGGCUAACCUUGUAAAAAUUGAAGCCAUAAGAAGAAUGUAG